AUGGCUAAGCCAGCUUCCUUGUUCUCUCUGUUUCUGAGUUUUCUUCUGCUCUUCCAUGGCUGCAUUGCUCGGCAACGAGGACAGCAGCAGCAAAGUGAGUGCCAAAUCCAGAGACUCACCGCCCUCGAACCCAGAGAAUAUGUCCAAGCAGAAGCCGGCGUAACCGAGUUGUGGGACUCGAGGAAUGAGCAACUCCAGUGUGCUGGGGUGUCGGUUAUUCGCCAUACUAUCCAACCCAAAGGCCUUCUUUUGCCCUCUUACACCAACUCACCCUUACUUGUCUACAUUGUCGAAGGUCGGGGUAUUCAUGGGGUUAUGCUGCCUGGUUGUCCCGAAACCUUCCAAUCAUCCCAGCAAUCUCAGCAAGAACGAGCAGAACGAGAAGGCCAGAGUUUCCAGGACCGCCAUCAGAGAAUCAGACACCUUCAACAGGGCGACUUUGUGGCAUACCCAGCUGGGGCAGCACAUUGGGUGUACAAUGACGGUGAAAGAGAUCUUAUUGCCGUUGUUUUGCUUGACACCGGCAACAAUGCCAACCAGCUUGAUCGUGAUCCUAUUACAUUGGCGGAGGCAUUUAGAGUGGACACAGAGACAGCACAAAAGCUUCGAGGUGAAGACGACCAGAGAGGCCACAUUGUAAGAGCUGAGCGAGGGCUUUCAGUAGUCCAGCCACCAUUGAGCAGGGAAGAACAAGAACGGGGAGAGCGUGGAAAUGGCUUGGACGAGACUAUCUGCAGCACAAGGCUCCAAGAGAACCUAGAAAAUCCCUCUCGUGCCGAUAUAUACAAUCCACGAGCAGGUCGCCUUAGCACCCUCAACAGCCUCACAAUGCCCGUUCUCAAAUUCCUCCAACUUAGUGCUGGGAGGGGAGUUCUCUACAAGAACGCUAUCAUGGCACCCCACUCGAACUUGAACGCACAUAGUGUGAUGUACGUGACAAGGGGUGAUGGUAGGGCUCAAAUUGUUGACCACAGAGGGCAAACAGUGUUUAAUGAGGAGCUCCGAGAGGGACAGAUUGUGGUAGUACCACAGAACUUCGUAAUAGUGAAAGAAGCUGGAAACCAAGGGCUUGAGUGGGUGGCCUUCAAGACUAAUGACAAUGCCAUGAUCAAUACUCUCAGCGGCCGGACAUCGGUGAUGCGGGGAUUGCCGGUCGACGUGGUUGCCAAUGCAUACCAAAUUCCUAGAGAAGAGGCAAGGAGGGUGAAGUACAACAGGCGGGAGACCAUCUUGUUUGAGUCAAGACAAAGGUCUGAGAAGAUUGCUUCGGCAUAA